AUGUCUCGACUGAUUAUCAAGAACCUUCCAAAGAAUAUAAAAGAGGACAGAUUUCGUUCCAUUUUCGCAGCUAAGGGUGAGCUAACGGACGUCAAGCUAUGCUACACGAAAGAUGGAAAGUUCAGGAGAUAUGGCUUCGUUGGUUACAAAACAGACGACCUGGCGAAAGCUGCCCUAUCGUAUUUUAAUAAUUCGUAUAUUGAUACUUCUAAGAUAUUUGUAGACGUUGCUAAAAAUUUCGGAGACCUGUCGUUACCGAGGCCUUGGAGCAAAUAUUCUGAGGGAAGUUCUGCAAACAAAAGAUUGAAAGAAAAACAGGAAAAGAAAGCUCAUGGUAAAAAGGAGCAAGAUUCCAAAUCUGAGCGAACAGAAGACGCCAAAAACGAGAAAAUAACUGUUGGAAAAGAGAAGAAAAAGAAGAAAACUAUAAAGGUCCUGGAAGAGCUUGAAGAUGAUGUUGAAUUUCAGGAUUUUUUAAGUAUACAUAAGGUUAAAAGCUCUAGGAAAACAAAGGAUGACAUUAAUGCAGAGGGAAAUGACAGGGAGUCAAAGAAAAAACGAGCUAGAGAAGAAAACGUGAAAGUGGAAUAUGAUGACUCUGAUGGAAGUGAAAAGGAAGAUGAAGUUUAUGAUCCAUUAGGUAUUUUUAUCAAAAUUCUUGAUCUUGCAACCAUGUAGACAACCAUGUUGGUUGACAAAACAAAUACAAAAUUAGGACUAUUUUUCCCCCAAANAUUCCAAAUCUGAGCAAAAAGAAGACGCCAAAAACGAGAAAAUAACUGUUGGAAAAGAGAAGAAAAAGAAGAAAACUAUAAAGGUCCUGGAAGAGCUUGAAGAUGAUGUUGAAUUUCAGGAUUUUUUAAGUAUACAUAAGGUUAAAAGCUCUAGGAAAACAAAGGAUGACAUUAAUGCAGAGGGAAAUGACAGGGAGUCAAAGAAAAAACGAGCUAGAGAAGAAAACGUGAAAGUGGAAUAUGAUGACUCUGAUGGAAGUGAAAAGGAAGAUGAAGUUUAUGAUCCAUUAGGUAUUUUUAUCAAAAUUCUUGAUCUUGCAACCAUGUAGACAACCAUGUUGGUUGACAAAACAAAUACAAAAUUAGGACUAUUUUUCCCCCAAAUUUGCCUGAAAACAGGGUUAAGUUUUCAGUGUUUCGAAAUGCUUUUCUUUAUGUCAACCAACGUGGCAGCCGUAACAACAGGAGCAAACUAGCUUUGGUGUCUUAUGUCUUAAAAGCAGCAUCCUCUCUCAAAUGCCAGAGUGCUGGUCAUGAGUUUUGGGAGUUGCAGUGUUUCAGUAAAGGCAAGGGUAUUAUUUUUGGUCUGUAGCUCGAAAUACCAGUAGCUAAGAUCCUUGGACUAGUAAACCUGCUAAUGCUCCAUUUGUUACUUAACAGGUUGACUUAAAGCUAUGUAGAAAAGAAAGAGGUCAAAACAUGGAAUCAUUGUUUUGACUUCUUCAAAAAUAAGUCAAAAUAACUUUUGCGCCCAAGAGGGCAAGCAUCUGAGAAAUUGAAGAUAUUUUUUUUUGUCUCCAGCAAAGUCUGCUGAAUGAAGGAUAAUUUGCAUAUGUGUAAGUGAAGCAGAGUAAAGAUGCAGUGCCAUUGCUGUAAACGUAAUGUUUCUUUGCAGUUUUUUCCUCCUGAAAGUGUAAAUAUACAUAAAAGCAUCAUUAUUUCCUAAUUUUGAUUUAAAAUGGAAAAGGAGCAAAUCAAAAAGCAUAAAAGUGGAAUAUUUCAGUUUGAUGUCAAGGAUAGACAAUUUGUAUACUGGCAAAAACAAUGCCGAGUGAAAUUCAGAUCCUUUCCACUUCAUGUCUGUUUUUCUUGAAUUGUAUACAUUAUAUUGGUUUAAAUCCCAAAAAUUUUGUAUGAGGUAAAAGUAAUUUACAGGUUGAACGAUUGCAGUUUCUAAUACUAAUGAGAGAAGUACAAAAAUGUCCGGUGAACAUCUCAAGUAGGAAAAAAUCAAUUUGCUUAUACUAAUUACCUUUGUAUCAUGGAAAUGAUUAGCUAACACUUUGAUCACUCAGAGAAUCAAAGGAGGGUGCCUGUGAUGGAAUGCUUUGUGAGUGCACAAAUGGUCACUGAAUGUGCAUUUCAUUAGGCACUAUUCCAUAAUAAAGCUGAAGUGUAUCGUAGAUCUGUUAUUAUACUUUUGAUUACUAUAACGUUUUCAUUUUGUUUCAGGAUUGGGAGACCAAGGAAGUCAAAAUGACAAUGACAAAACAGAGAAAGAAAAUGAAGAAGAAAACAAAACUGCAAGGAAUAGUAAAUUGUCAGAUAUGGAUUACUUGAGAUCAAAAGUUGUGUCAUCUUCAAGAAAACCUCAUAAGAAAAAGAAAAGCAGAAAAGAUCAUGAUUCUGAUAAUGACAGCGUUAACGGAGAAAGUUCAGAUGAAGGAAGUGUGGAUGUAGAUACAAAAGAAAGUGAUGAUGAUGACAAUGAUGAUGAGUAUGAUAAUGAUGAUGGUGAUGAUGUACAUGACGAUGAUGAUGAUGAUGAUGAUGGUGAUAUUAAUGAUGGUGAUAAAAGAGAAAAUUCAAAGGAAUCCAUAAAAUUUGGAACGAUCAAAAUGAGAGGAUUGCAUUUCAAAGUUAAAGAAAAAUCAAAAUGAGAGGAUUGCCUUUCAAAGUUAAAGAAAAACACAUCAAAGAUUUCUUUGCUCCUUUAAGGUUACUUGAUAUAAGAAUGAUAGAAAACAAGGAAGGGAAACCAACAGGCUGUGCCUUUGUUGAUUUUGGAAGUGAAAAUGAUAUAAAAGAAGCACUGAAGAGAGACAGGGAUUGUAUUCAGGGUCGAUACAUAGAGCUGUUCAGAGACAAAGAGAAACAUUCAAGUCAGAUAGUAGUUAAGGAGAAACCGUGGAUGAAGAAGCUUGCUGGAAAAGAAGGAGAAGAGGAAUAUGAAAGCAUUGCUGAGGUAAGUAGGAUAACCUGUAUCUUGUACAGUCAAACACUGUUAAUAAUGACUCUGAGGGGGUCAGAGAAGUGUCUGUAUUAAUUGGGUGUCAAUUGAUAUUAAGGAGGUUGAAUAUAGAGGAAGUGUAAGGGUUUUCUUUCCCUAGGUACAAAACAAACUGUCAGUAAUAAUGAGGUGUCCAUAAUAAGUGGGUGUCCAUGAAGUAGGAAUUGACUUUAACUUAAGAAAUUAUAAUGACUAACAAGUUGCAGUUACUCUAGAGAGGUGGCCAUAUUUCUUCAUGGUGGUCCACUCUCAUGCAUCAAAUUGUCUUUUGAGUAUACUGUUAUUUGUCGAACUUUGAGGUUUCUAUGAGGUGAAGGUGAAUUUCAGCCUCACAGAAACACUAAUAAUAACCCUACAAAUUCCAGGAUUUCACCCCUCCCUGAUGUGAUCAAUGAUACAAGAAUGAGGAACUCUCUGUUACACUGUAUAACUGGCGAAAGUCACUCGUUAAAACUGAGCCAAGUUUUUUGGAUGCAAAUAUAUUUUAUUUUAUUGUGAUUUUAGUCUGGAAGACUUUUUCUUCGGAACCUGACAUAUACAUGCUCAGAGGAAGACUUGCAAUCCUUGUUUGAGAAGUAUGGCCCUCUUACAGAAACAUAUUUGCCUCUAGACAAGACAACUAACAAGCCUACUGGCAUUGGGUUUGUGACAUUUGUCAUGCCAGAGCAUGCUGUGAAGGCUUUUAAUGAGCUUGAUGGAAAAUUUUUUCAAGGACGAUAUUUGCACAUCCUGCCAUCAAAGGCAAAGGAAACAAAAGAAGAAGUGGCAGGUGAGUUGAUAUACAUGUAGGUGUUGUGGACUUCACCUUCAUCCUCCGUUAAAUUUUAAUUUCUUUUGUUUUUGGAUAAUAUGUUAAUGCAUGGUUAUGAGUUUAAAGUUCAAGUCUAUUGUUAGAUAAACUUUUGUUAAUUAACCUAAAAAUUAUGCCCUAUGAAAGCACACAUAUUGACCUAUUAGCAACAAUCAUAUCUCUGUUCUUUUGUCACACAACGUUCAACAUUUGAUACUAGUUCAAAGUACAAGAAAGAAAAAUGAACAGUAACUAGUUGUUCAAUUACAAUGUAUCCUUCUCCUCUGGCAAAGUCGACUGUAACUUAACAUGAUAUAUCUUCUAGACUUCACAAAGGUUCCAUUCAUAACAUCACAUGCUCAUCAUGCAUAUGUGCUCCUCUUUUUGCUGUACACUGUCCUUUCGCAGUCAGUUCUCUUAGUUCCUAGUGACUGGGGGAUAUGGGCCUCACCCCCGGAGACUGAUCAGGACUGCUGUCCAUUGUGGCUACCCCCAGUACCACUCGAUCUUGUCUCCCCCUAGGGGGGCUUCUCUCCUGGUCCCCUUACCCCUAGAUUUAAGCACUUCCCUGCCACCAGAAUUUUGCCCAUUACUUUUGUGUGUUUUCUGUUUGGUACCUGGCAAAGAACCUUUAUGUGAAACCACUGCCAAUUGGAAGAGUUUAUUAAUCAAAGGAAAAUAAAAUUUAAACCAGUGAAAAAAUUCAAUCACAAUAUAUGGGGAUUGUAUUCACAAUGUCAUGUGUUUUCCUGUGUCUUUAUGUUGACUGUAGUAGGGUUGGUAGGGGUUAGCCACACAGAUUGGGAGGUCUUGGGUUAAGUUCCUAGUUGGAAUAAUUCUUGGGUUCUUCAAAUAACUGAUGAUUAAAGUACUACCUUUGCCCUCCCUAAAUUGUGCUGAGAUAGCCAUCAUAGAAAUUACAUUCCUGUCUCCAUAAGGCCAAUCAAAUUGGGAUUGAUUUCACCUGUACUAACAGAUUUCCUACCCAUAUCUUUUUCUCCAUGCCAUUAUUAUUAUCUAUAUGUUACAGGUCAAAUUUAAUUUCCAGUUAAAAUUUUUAAUCCUGGGUGAUUCUCAAUAAUAUUUCCUUUGUCUUCUUGGGCUAGGCGAAAAAGGAAAUUGUGAAUAAACCAAGGUGAAAUCAAAAUUAAACAAAAAUUUAAUUUGACAUGUACCAUAUACACCUUAAUAAUGGCCUUUGGGCACAAAACCCUGCAUGGGGCAAUUAUUUUUAGUUGCAAAUAUCUUAAACUGAAUAAAGUUGAAGCUGAUCCUUUUUUGCAGAAAUUGGAACAUCCUUCAAGUCAAAACGUGAUGCAAAGAAGAAAAGCUUAAGCAGCCAAGAUCAUAACUGGAACACACUUUUUCUGGGGAUGAAUGCAGUAGCUGAUGUUAUGGCAGAUAAGUACAAUACAACAAAAGGUGGCAUUUUAGAUGGUGCAUCAUCAAGUAGUUUGGCUGUUCGUAUGGCUCUUGGAGAAACACAAGUCGUUACAGAAACUAGGAAGUUUCUUGUUUCACAGGGAGUCAAACUUGAUGUUUUUGGGCAGGUGUGUUUCUCGAGAACUUUUUCGAAUGCAUUCUUACCUGUAGCAGCAUGUAAUCCCUUAAGCUAAUGCUGAGUCAGCACUUAUGCUGAAUCAAAUGGGUUAUCAUAGGCCACACCCAUGGUACCCUUCUUUUGCAUGUGAUGAUAACCAUUUGACACAUAUUACUGGUAUAUCAAUAUGUGCACUAUUAAGACCAGGGUUCUUUUUUUGCAAUUUUAUGGGUCAAGAUGAUCAAUCAAUUUUAUGCAUUAAGGUCAAUAAAAAUGCAAAAAGAUAUCCAGCCAUAUUGACCAGCCAUAUUGUUAUUUAAAGAUCUAUUAUCUGGUCAUGCAAGGACAUCUUUUUGUGGGACCUAAGCUCGGCAUGAUAGAACCAUCUUGUCUACUCAGGUUGCCUAUCAGAAUACAGGGUUCCUGUGCUUUUUGAAUUCUCUUUUCAUCUUCUGAAUUGUCUGCCAAUUCCUCCUGCUCGUACUCCAGCCAACAUGGGAUGCUCUUAAGUUUUUCCUGCUUUUGUAUCAAAUCGAGAGAAGCUUUCAAGGACUUCUGGGCCGACGAAAAAUCCCCUUUCUUGAUUGUAUCAAGUGCAAAGAAGCUACAAUCCUAGAUUUCUGCAAUAAACAAAAAUUUUUACUCUUUGCUUCUGAAUUUGAGGGUACCUUCCAUUUGUCAGAACUGGCCAGCUGGACCAGUCAGUUAGCAAAUGAAAUGGGAAUUUUCCAUAGGGUUUUUGCUGAAAAACCAUCUCCUUCACAGUGCAUACUAUUUAGGAUCUGACUGAUAUGGCCGGAUAGUUUUGAUUAAAAGUGAAAUUCUCAUUAAGACGGGAAUGGUCUGGCCGGUCAGUUUUGACAAAUGGAAAGCACCCUGAGUUUCUUGGCCUUAUUCAGGGAUCGGUUACCCAAGUUCCACAAAUUAAACCAAAUUGUCAAUAAAUCACUAAAAAAGAGAAUAUUACCUCUAUUAAGCAGCUUAUUUUAAUUAAGAAGCCACUGGUACCUUCCCCAGCUGUGACCACUUAUUAGAGGGUUGUCUCUAUUUGUAAUGAUGAUCUCAAAUUGAACUGUAGGCUUUUCCCCCAGAAAUUUCAGGAAGCACAGGUUGAUGUGCAAGUGCUUUCAUAUGUAUGUCAGCCAAUGUCAACAGGACUACACACACCCAGAUGGUCAUAUUCCACCUGCUCUCAUAUGAUUAUUUAAAAUGAAAAGUUUGAAAUUAUUGUCAGCUAAUUUUUGUUGAAUGAUAUACAUUUUUACAAAUGUAAGCCUUUGGCCUCAGCUAGUCAAAGCUGAUUUCAUUUCAAAUUGAAAAUUAUGCCCUCUUUUGUCUCUAGUCCUCUGCUAAACGAAGUAAGACUGUCAUAGUUGUGAAAAAUCUUCCCUUUAACACCACAACUGAUGAACUGAGAAAUGUAUUUGCACCAUUUGGAACUGUUGCCAGGCUUGUGCUGCCUCCAUCGGGAAUCACUGCUCUUGUGGAAUUCUUUGAACCAAGUCAGGCUAAAAAGGCCUUCCAGAAGUUGGCCUAUAGCAAGGUAAUAAUUUUAUCUAUAAUUAGGGUAAUGUAGGUCUUACAUUUGAAUAGGUGGAUGGAAUACUAUGGUGUGACCAAUCAAAUAAAGCUUCUUUAACAGUUCUUUCACAUGGUAUUAUUUAUUUAGUAUGUAGUUCUAACCUUUGAGUCUGUGAACAAACCCUGUGGUGUGACCAUUUAUUUAAACAAAGGCCCCUUUGUUAGCAUUUUUGUUUGGCACUAUUAGUAGUAAAGGUGUUUUGUAAAGAUGCAAUUGGUGCCUUUGUAAAAAUUAAAUUCGGAGGUGGUGCGGGUUUGAAAAGGUUGAUUAUUGCCUUUCUUGGGAAUGAAACUUUAUCAGUGUACGUUCAUAAAUGCUGUUAAUAAGUGUCCUUCAAAUGAAGCCCUGCUGAAUCAGAAGUACAUCUUUGGUUCUUGCAUACCUAGAUUUGGACUGCUCAGAAUAGUAGUCACCAAAAAGGAAUUGAGACGCUUUGGAAUAGCUUGUUGCAUGAAAUGUGGGAAUGACUCUAUUGAACAUGCAUUCUUUGAAUGUCAGUCCUUUAAGAAAUUAUGUGACAACUGAGUUUCUUCAGUGGUUCAUCAACUUGCGCAAUACAAACGUUAGCCUUACUUCGCUGCAGAUUUUUCUCAAUCUACCAACUGUAACUAUCAAUCUAUCUGAUAAAAAGAUAAAGGAACAGCGUCGUCUUCUGUUAUACUUAAAACGGUACCACUACGCAUGCAAACAAUGGAAAAGAAAGCUAUUACAUCCGAAUUUAUAUCCAAGUUAAUUAGUCAGCUUGAAAUAGACUCUUAGCUUGAUGUGACUGAGUUGUACAAUGCUUUUUAGGCGGGCUCAAACAAAUCUUCUCUCUGUUCACCAACACCUUCUCCUGUAGUAAUACCUCUGUCUCUGUGUGCGCAAUAUGUAAACGUUCUUUUCUUUCUAUCUCUCUCUUUUCUUUUUCCUUUUUUUUUCUUUUUACUUCUCUAUGUACUGUAAUUAGUGUAUUUAGCUGUAUAUUGUUGUUUACAUGUGCUGUACGUAUUAUGUAAGUUUUUUUUUUCUUUAAAGUUACUAAUAAAGUUGAAUAAUAAUAACAAUAGACCUAGAUUUGAGAAUAUCUACAAUUAAUUGUUUGAAACUAUCUUGAAAUAAAAAAGAAUACAUUUGUACAAACUGUUGUGCAUAGAAGAAGACUUUUUGAACAAGAGUAAGAAAUUUCAAAAUUUACAAAUGGGCUAGGAACAAACAUAACUUCCAUAUGCGUUAAAUGAAACAACCAAGGGGAGACUUAGGCAAAUGUUCAUCCAAAAUGGCGGGAAAUUUGAAAUAUACUUUAAAGCAUCAUUGGCCAAUCAGAAUCCAUACAAACUUAAUCAACCAAUCACAUGUCGAAGCAAAGAAGGGUAGCCUGUUUCAAGCGCGGGAAGUGGACGCGUGUGACAUGAAAUAAAUGCGUUCAUGGGGAUACUUCACUCGUGUGGGUAGAAACGUUUAUGAAAAUACGUGUGCGAAAAAUUUCCUAAAAAUUUACAAAACAUUGACGAGUAUUAACGAGUAUCUUCAAGUGAGCUUCAGUUGCUGUUUGAUUAUUAUAUGUAGACUUAAAAAACUAGUGCUAACUCCUACCGUCUUGGGUAAUUUAGUUAGUUUUCUUAUGGUUUAACAGUUUAAGCACGUUCCACUGUACCUGGAGUGGGCUCCACUCGGUGUGUUUUCCGGUAAAGCAGAAGAGAAAGACCUUCAAGAAGCAAAAAAAGACGAACAGACGAGCGAGGAUAAGGUACAUUUUUAACGGGCAAAAUUACUGCGAUCCAAACGACUCCAACAAUGUUACUUUUAGGGUUUAAAAAAACAUUUCAGAACGCCUUGUAACAUUUUAAGCGACGCCGAAACAGUAACUAAGAGUAACUGUUUUCAACUGCAUGGGUAAUCUCAUUACCGGCGAUAGAAGCUAAAACCUCACUUGCACUAGCCAAACAACAUUUGGACCCAUGAGUGGGCUUUGUGAUCGCAGGAUGUAAAAUUUAUAACCUUUCCCAUAGAUAGUUAUUUUCCUUUUUUUCUUCGUACUCAAAAGCUGAACUUGCCAUGCGCUUUUUUUGCCCCUUUGCCGUUUGCAGACUGAAGAAAGCUCUUUUCCUGUUUUCUUAAAACUCUAAGUAUUUUAGUUUAAAGACUUAAGUUAAUCGGCAAUUUUCUGGAUUUGUAGCAUAAUCGUUUUUAGGUUUUAUGCGAAAGUGAACCUUAAGCAUUCUGAUACUUGUAGUGUUAGGUGAAAAUAAUCCUGUAUUGUGGGUGGGGGAUGUAGUGCUUAUGGAGGGGUCGUUUUGACCUAUAUUUUUGCAAAAUACAGAAAAUUGGUCGUGUACUUAAUAUUAAUCGUUGUUCUUCGGAGCAACGGCUAGAUAAGGAUUACAUAAACGUGACCCUCUAGUUUACCCCGUGCCUGGAUUUACACCUAGGAAAUUUCAACUAUCUGCAAAAUGAAUGUUUCUUUGAAUUUUACUCAGAUUAAAGAAACUAUUGAUGAGAAACAACACGAAGUGGAUAAUCCAGAAAACCCCGAAGGAACAACAGUGUUUGUGAAAAACCUUAACUUUAAUACCACCGAAGAAUCAUUAAAAGAGGUACUGUAAAUAGUGCGAUUGUAGUCAAGGGACGACUAUUUUUCUCAAGACGUUUUAGCUUCAAAGUUGAAAUGAUUAACCUUUUACACUUGAUCUAAAACUGACUUGUGCCUCGGUGUGGAAGCUUGAUCAUGGAUUCACAGAGGUACACAAAUCCUUGGCACUCUAAACGUCUCGCGUUACAUUCUUUUAAACACUUAACUGGUUACAGCGUGAGGGUUUAGCAUGCUGCCUUUUAUUAAUCUGGUGUGAAGGCUUUGUUAUUUCAUUUGAUAAUGGCUUAUGGACAAGCCGAACUGUCUUGAAACUAAAAUAAAAAAAUGUCAGUGUCAAAGCAAUUAUAAAUUAGGUACUGUACAUUGCUCUGUACGAUUGGUAACUGAUAACUUUUCCCAAUGCUUUGAAAAUACCUCGAAAAACGUUUUAUACUAAACAGCCAUAUAGGCAUUGCUUAGACGAAAAAAAAAACCCAUGUUCUUUUGACAGUGCUGUGGACUCAAUUUCUUCGUGAACCUUCUAACACCAAUAUUGACGUUAGUUUCUGUCCAUAAAAUUUAAUUUGUGGUGUUGGCACAGAAUUUAAUUUGUUUGUGUUUUAUAUUUUAUAUUUUCGCAGACGUUUUCAAGGUUGGGCCCUCUUCUUAACACAGUAAUAGCAAGGAAAAGGGACCCCAAGACGCCCGGUAUGUUUGCUAAGAAUAGCACAACAGUGGUCAAUAUAUCUGAUAUUUCCAUAACGCAAGUACUUCGAAUUUUUUACCAUUCCGACAAUUUGUUCUCUGAUCACUUAGAGUUUUUUUCCUGGCAUUGGUGUUCAAAAACAAACUUAACUUUGUAUCUUCAAUGCUGGUUCUAUGGCAGCAAGCAAGCACCAGGGUACUGAGUCAACCACCAACUGACCGGUGUCCCCCUCCCUAGCCCUAAUUGUUUUUGUAACCGUGUCCUUAAUUUAUUUUUUAGAAAAUUUGUUGUCUAUGGGCUAUGGUUUUGUUGAGUACAAAAAUAGAUCUGAUGCUCUACAAGCUAUUAAACAACUACAGGUUAGUGGUAACUUGUGUUUAGUGAUAGACAAUUAAUUUCCCACAGUAUGCAUGGAAUGUAAAUUACAAAGGUAAUAAGGAAAAGGAAAAAUUAUCUUCCUUCCUAGAGAAGUUAGCGUUCCGUUCUUCAAACAUUUAGACAAAAAAAACAAACUGAGCUACUCUAUUAGUCCACGUUCCGAUGUUCCCAUCCAGUAAGCAAUGAUUUUUGCGUUUCCCGCGGCCGCCAUUCGGUGACUGUAUGCCCUCUAGCGGAAGUCAAACGCGAGCUGCCUGGGUAAAAAAAUCUUAACCGAUCUGUGAAAUCGAUUAACAGGUUUUCUGAACUUGCAUUGAUUUCCAAAGCAGGUGUUUCUACGUGCUUUACCAGUGGAUUUCCUUUUUUACUGACCAUGUCUUCCUCCGCCGGUUUCCAAGCAAACUGUGCCGGCAGCGGUAGAUGAAAGAAAAUAUUUUGCAUAUCUCUAUGCCUCCAAACUAAAACCGCACAAUUAACAGUUGGUUGUAGUAUUGUGCUGUACACGCAUGAUAACUUACUACUGUCUGAAACUCGCUGAGUCACGCGAUAGGGUGCAUGUUAUUAACGUGCAGUAAGAAUGAACGCAAUUUGAGAGGAAAACUGUUUUCUGAUAAUCACGUAGUGUUAUAACCUCCAUUUUCAUCCGAAUUGUAAAGAAAAAUUAAAGGCCAACAAAAGAAAUAACAAAUCAAAUCCUCCCUUUCGCCGCUACUGGGUCUCUAACCUCCGUCUCCUGUACACUUCUCGCUGCCUUUCAUUAAUAGAAAAAGCCUUGUCAGCAAUUCUAUUUGUCCCUUGGAUUGACAAAUCGGAUACCAAACAUGGCACCAGUUACGCGUUUUCCGAAUAUUUAGGGUGGAAAAAGCCGCUUCUUUCGUUUCUAAAAGGUUGUUGACAUAAAUCGCUUUAGCACUCUGUGAACAGUGGCGAGUGAAGUAAACACCUCUUUAUUGGUUUUGCAAAAUCACGAUUACAUUUGUGUUUAAUUUAGUUCUAAGCUAUGUCUUAGCAUACUCUACAAAGAACGUUAUUGUUGAAGAAAAAGAUCCUCCUUUCAGCAUGGCUGAUAACGUUUUGUACGUCUGUAAAAUAUAUACAUCACAAACGUGAGGUUUAAACCAGUAUCACUGACUAGAAAAGUAUCAGCGAAUGCAUUUUGUGUAAGGAACACAAUAGUUCCGUUAAAAAAAAUGAAAUAAUGCGUGAAAGCAUUAAGCGUCGUGUAUUUACAAUAAAGGCUGUUUUUAACAGUUUGCAUUAAUCAGAAUGUAGAGAACAUCUCUAUUUUUAGAGAACAACUUUCCAACUGGUCUUUUUUCAUACCAGAUCACUUGUGUAUAUCUAUACACCGUCGUCUUUAUACAGUUUUUCUGUCUUAACUAAAUUGUUUUUUUCUUGGCCGUGGAUAGGUAAGUAGGUGAAAAACGUUAUUUACAUAGUGUUACAUGCAAUAGUUGUAAAACUAACUGAUAAAUUUGUGACUCCCAAAACGAAGAAAUAAUUAAGUUUAAUUAAAUACGAUACCGCCUAAAACGGCCGAAGUAUUAGUGUAAUAGUAAAAAUGUUAAAAUCGAAAAUCUAAACUGAAAACUAUUCUUCUUACGACGUCUUUAUUCUAGACAACAGGCGUCGAUCUACAAGUAAAUGAAGUCUAUUUGAAAGUGAUAGAGGUUUCUGGAAUACUGUGUUAUGAAUCCAGUUUGGAGUCCGCACUCUUACUCACAGAGUAAGCCGCGGGAUUUUCACUCGGAAUCAUCCUGUAGUCCUCCAUGUAUUUUACUUUAGCCUGUUUUUUCAUACUAAAUCUUCAGCGAACUGUUUAUAUCAAUCUUUGUGCAUUGUGUGUGUCAACUGAAAGUUCGUUUUGCAUAAUUUAACAGACUGACUCAGGCAGCUGAGAGAUGUCUAAUUCUCGGCUUUUUGUUUCAAGUUAGUACAAAAACAUCUUUUGUUCUUGACGAGCCGAGCGCAAAAUUGAUGGCGAGCAUUAUUUAAAGUUAUUGGAAUAUUGAAUUGUCAAGCCCUGAGGCAAGGGGUAGCUUUUUGUCGGAACGUUCAGGCAGUGUAUGUGGAUCUCGGUGACUUAUUUUAAAUCACAGAGGCCUGGAAGAGAUUUGAAACAAUCUUAUUUUGUAUUUUGUACUCCGCAGGGCCACAAGACCAAAUCGAACGCACUUUUAGUCCAUUUUUCUUGUCAUUUUAUGUAGAGGGAACACCUCUUUCGUUUUUUAGGCUUCAAAUUUUCAAAUACUUCUGGAAUUUUUUAUUGCUACUAAUUCUAAGUUAAGUAUUCCUUUCUUCUUUGACCCUGGAAUUCUUAUGCCAAUUUAGUGAAUAUAUACUUAAGGAACUAGUUUUUCAGUGUGGUCAGUUAGGAGUAGGAUCGGUCUGUCUUAAGAGAUUUUAAACAAUGAAGAAAAUAAGCGAAGAGCUGUCUCAAAACCUUUUGCGAAGUCGUGUUUGUCACGAUGAAAGUUGCGGCUUGUUUCCUUUGACGUCAGCUUCAGCUUCAAACCUUCCGUUUUUGAUCAUGUACCUAAACGGACCAGGCGAAAGUGUUUAUUUACGCAAAACUUUGAUCACAUGUUAUUUUCAUUUAACGCAAAUGUCUCAAAAUUUGUAUCACCGUCACUGUUAAGUAAUAGAAUCUGUCAGGCUUAAGAGUUAUCGAAAAAGAUUGUCGAGUGAAGAGUCUUCUCAAAAUCUUCUGCGAAUUUGUCUGAAAUAAGACACAAUUGAUACGAUGAAGGUUUUGGCUUGCACUCCAAUUCGUCGGAGGCUGCGCUUUUCGUAACUGUAGCGAUGGGUCCUUCAAUCAAGUCAUAUGACUUGUCUAAAUCCUCCAGCAUUUUUGCUGUUACCCUGUCAUUUCUGAAUAAAGACACCAUUUUCUUCCAUUUUUCUUCAUCUUCGUUCAAAUUCAGCUUGCGCGGUUUGUUUUCCAUAUACUCACGACUGACUACAAAAGAUAAAAUUGCAGGCCUCGCUGAUAAACUUUUUGCCCACUUCCAAGCAUGGUCUAUUCUGUUCGUUAAAUAAAAUCCUUUUCCACAGGAAAAAUCACGUCUUUGUCGACCGGCAUAUAAAUAAAUUCCCCGAAGUAAAAUUUGGCGCGCACUUUCAUGGUCUGUGCCAUGGUGCAGGACGAUGUUUUGAUCGUCUUGUGGCAACGAUUCACUGAGUUUAGCCUGAGCGUUGCUACAGGCAUUGGAUUGCUUUGUCGAGAGGUUUAUAAUCCUGACGCGGUCAAAGUUUAUAUUACUCUCUCUUUCUUCGUCAGGUAUACUUGUUAAAUUAAACCAGGUAUUCGUUAGACUGCAUUUAAAAGGAAACGUGGGAGUCAGGGGAGACAGCAGAGGAUUGUAUUUGAAUUCGUCCUCAACAAACAACUGUGCCCAUUCGCACGCUUCAAUGUGCUGUUCCAUGGAUCCUUGAAAUUCCGAGCGAGCCAUGAUAGUCUCGAUGGCUGCGCUUAAAGGAUCGAAACCGAUAGAUUGAAGCAUUUCUUUACCGAGAGAGUUUUCGUUUGCUUUGACUGCGUUGUCUUUCAGAGAUAUUUUGAUCCAGUCAGCAAUUGUUCGAUGGUGACGAUGUUCUGGUGGCAUCUCGUCAAAACCGUCGAGGAAGUCGAGUUUUAAUCCAAGCAAAGCACAAAGUUGCGCUGUGUCGCUUUUAAGGAGAUGGUAAUCCUCUUCCGUCAUCUUAAACUGUGCCUUUUCUUUCUCUUUCCGAACUUUGGUCAAGACUUCUUGUUCAUCACUGUCUUCGUAAAAACCUACCUUUUGAAUUAAGUCUUUACGUUUUUUAAUGACUUCUUGGGCGUUGUGAAUUGCGUUUUCGAGAUCCUGAAAAUUAGCAUGUUUCUCCCUAUCAUUCUCUCUUGUCAGGUCUAUUCGGCGUAGCAUUACUUUGAAUACGAAUGAACGUUGUUCGAGGCUCCUUGUGAUAUAAAAGCGCCCCAGAUCGUGGAGAAACCCAAUUUCUUCGUCAUUCAUUAUUGUAAGACCUAUAAGUUCGUGAGGGGUCAUCUUCACACCAAUCUUAGUCUCUUCUCGAGCUUCAAAGUGGUGGCUGGACUCUUUUUCAGCUAUUUCAACUUUGUUCUGGAAGUCUUCCACAACGUAAUCAUCUUUCAAAAGGAUGCUUUCCGAAAAAAGUGCGUUGAACCUACCAGACUCGUGUGGCGAGUACUUGAAUAGCAACUGGGAAAGAAUAUUGGUGGAUAGAGGACUGCAAAGUGAACUAGUUGCCAUGUCAAAUAUAUAAAUUCAAAAAAGUGUCAAGAUCUGUAGUCGUCGUCUUUAGGAUGUCUGCUGAAACCUUACGUUUGCUAAAUUUCCGUUUGCUCCGUAAAGUGUUCUUUCAAUGUUUUGCGUGGCAUCUUUUUUUAGCAGGUGACAGCAAAUCAGGGAAUUGACCAAUGAUAGGAAGUAUUUCUGAGGCGUAAGGAAAAUUGGGCCAAUCAAAAAGCUUGGGAAUCACGACCGAAACUGAUGGCCCAUGAUUCUCGAUAUCUUAAAAUUCUAACGUGGCUUGCGAGACAAUGAAAAAUUUGCAAUUUUGUCCGUAAAGCCUCGGAGUCAUGUUAGAACUUUUAUUUUUCAGAUCAAAUGUGGGCUAUUACAGCCGUUUUUCCAGCUCAGAUCUCUCACGCCUGAUUGAGUUUCUCCUUCGAACACAAUAACUAGUCUAAGUUUAUAACGUUGAGUUUCCGCUUUAGUAUCGCAUCAUGUAUAGAACGGUUCUCAAAUCCACACGGGAACUAUUGCACUUGAAUUCCUGCAUUUCCUCUCAAGUUUUGCUUGCCCGGGGCUAUUUCUUGCUCGUCUUCGUGAAUGGGCGUUUUUCAAAAAUAUCAUAAUACUCUUUGAUGUCUCUCCAAAAUUUUGCAUAAGCAUUGCUUUCAAUUUCUUUUCGGGUGAUUGUAAGUCCCAAGAGAAAUUAAAAAAAGAUUGCUUAUACAAAAUUUUGGAGGGGCAUCAAAGAGUAUUAAGGUAUUUUUGAUAAAAAGGCCUAUGUAGUUAGAGUAUGACUUGCCUGGGCCCUUGCCCAUAGGACAAGCAUGCUUUAAAAGGUACUUGCCCAACAAAAAAAUAUGAUCAUCCCAGACUGACGGACGGGGCUUUUUUCGAGCCCUGGUUGCAUCCGAUAGGAUGGGUGAUUGUGUUGAUGAUGACUUUUCUAAACGUAGCACCUUUUCCUAAGAAUCUGAUCUAAUCAAAUAUGUAUCUGUUUCCAUUUUGCUAUGGAAACAACGUGACCAUUGGCACUUUAGCCAAUGAGAAUCAGUUCGCCUCUAGAAUCAAAUUUAGGGAGUAAGGAGAAAAUUUCAGAUCGUCAGAAAUGUGUCGUAGUAGUUAGUGAGACUAACUAGCUGACUUUUACGUAAAAGAGAAACUAUCUGGCAGUCGAAUUGCUAGCCUGUGCUGUGAGUUCGAAAGCCUCAAGGUAUGGUUUUUAUUUGGUUCAGUUACUGAGAACUUACUGCGGGUGGGAAAUUUAUGACUCUUGUAGCUGAAGACGUGAUAGACUGGCAUAUAUUCUUACUUGAAGCCUAACGAAGCAUACUGUCAAAAUCUCCCAACCUUCUAUGGAAAUUAUUGAUAUUGUGUAGAAAGAUUUUAAGGAGCGGAAAUCAGGAUUACAGAAUGUUGCGUAUAUAUCGUGUGAAGUAGUGAUGGCUGAUUUGAUUUUAAGCGUGGAGAACGAAUUGAGGCUUAUUUGGUCAAGGGAAGGAUAUACAGAUCAAGCAACAGUAGAAAGACCACUGGCNCGAAAGCCUCAAGGUAUGGUUUUUAUUUGGUUCAGUUACUGAGAACUUACUGCGGGUGGGAAAUUUAUGACUCUUGUAGCUGAAGACGUGAUAGACUGGCAUAUAUUCUUACUUGAAGCCUAACGAAGCAUACUGUCAAAAUCUCCCAACCUUCUAUGGAAAUUAUUGAUAUUGUGUAGAAAGAUUUUAAGGAGCGGAAAUCAGGAUUACAGAAUGUUGCGUAUAUAUCGUGUGAAGUAGUGAUGGCUGAUUUGAUUUUAAGCGUGGAGAACGAAUUGAGGCUUAUUUGGUCAAGGGAAGGAUAUACAGAUCAAGCAACAGUAGAAAGACCACUGGCAACUCUGUUAUGGUUAGCAUGGGUUGGGAUCGAGAACUUGCUGUCUUUUGCACUACGCCGCCAUCUUUGCUCGUUCCUGUGUUCUGUUAGCUCCACUGCUUUUGCAUUUAUAAAAUGUGAACUUUUUCCUUACAACAAGAAAAAAAUUAAUGUUUGGUUUCAUCCACCUGAUCUUACGGAUAUAAGAGGGAGAUUGAAUGUAAUUAACGUUAAUGGCGAAGGCGAGAAAUGUGAAUGUUACAAAUCGCAACAUGGCGUCAGCAAUUUUCCCAGGUCACUGUCUGAUGACGACUACGAAGUUUUCUUUCAUGCAACAACUCACGAAAGCGCCAAAAACAUCAUAGAAACUGGUAUCAAUCUUAGUAAGGGGGAUGCUAAACAUAAAGCCGAUUUUAGUAAUGGCUGGGGAUUUUAUCUCGGGAAAGACUUUGAAUAUGUACUACGAGCAACGUGGAGGAGUCACAGACCCCGUUGUUCCGCCGUACUUGUAUUUCGAGUGCCAAGGACUGAAUUGCGGGGAGGUGGGAGAAAUGGACUGGAUCUGCAAGAUGACUUGGAAGAGUGGCAAAGGAUAAUCAAGGAGUUCCGUGCCCCUGGAACUCCUUCUCGAAAGUUUCUUCGCGAAUUGGAGCCUUACCAUUUUAUUGAAGGACCUUUGUUUGGCGCGGGGCAAAGCUUAAAAAAACCGAUUUCAAAUAGAGGGUCGUAUCAGCUUUGUGUCAGACACUUAGAUUGUGCUAGAUUGUUUAAUGAAAAUCUUCAUUCAGUAUUGUUCCUUGAGCCUUAAAGCUAAAUUUUCAGUUGUCACUUUUUGCAUAAGUACUCAUUGUACAUGGAAUAUGUAGCAUGAAAGGUUUUAAGGUAGUGUGAUUCCUCUUCUUUUAGCGAAGGACAGAAGUGAACUACAAUAGUCGUGUAUUUUAGCCCUUGGUCUUUGUGAGUGAGUGUCCGUUUUUGUUGUUUAAGUUAAAUAAAGAGUAUACGAAAGGAGCGAUUAAUUUUGUUAGUUUCAGUUCUAUGACUCCGACUUUUUUGGAACUGUUAUGCAAACUUCUCUGGUAGGAUUCCUUAAGGAAUCUGAAAUUACCAUUCCUCGGACUGAGAGAGCAAGCUUAAGGUUGUAGUCUUAUUUAAACGAAUUUCGCCAGAUUCUGAGAAAAAUGUGGCUUACACUAUUUUCACGACUGCGAGCACUAAACGCAGCUUUGUAUUUUCACUGCCUUGUAGGCCAAAGGGGUUAAUGAAUCUUCUUAAAAAGGUUAUUUCCUUCGCUUAUUAUCUCGAGAUGCUCCUUUAAGGACCCCUUGGGCCGGGUCCUUGGAUUCGUGUUCGUAAUCGAUAAACCGUUAGCCCUGCGUUAUACAUUUGUAUUGACAACGGCAAGGUUGGAAGAUGGGCGUCUUGACGUUGUUUCUGUCAUGAAUUUUAUAUAUUCUUUACUGGAAAUUGUCAUUUCCAUGUUGGAGGAUCAUGGCCUGUUUCUCUGUAGUCGUCUUUAUCUGACCUGUCAAGACUAAUCUGCAGAGCAUAAAAUUGACAUUCGUUGACUUUUGUGCUUUCUUUGCAGUCUUAAAUAGCUGUCUUUUCUACAUGUGUGCCAAAUGUUCGCUGGCUGGGAGAUUUGGAAAAAAUAAUAUGUCCUGCGAAGGAAAGUGUUGCUGGGAAAUAAACAAUUCAGGAUGUCUGAGGGGAUUAGAUGUCCCGAAUAGCUGCUCUGUGCUAUUUGUCAGAAACCUUUCCCCCUCCCCAUGAUGUUGGAGGAUCAUGGUCUGUUUCUCUGUAGUCGUCUUUAUCUGACUUGUCCACGUUCCGAUGUGUCCAUCCAGUAAGCAAUGAUUUUUGCGUUUCCCGCGGCUGCCAUUUUGGUGACUGUAUGCCCCUUAGCGCAUGUCAAACCGGAGCUACCUGGAUAAAAAAAUCCUAACCGACUUGUGAAAUCGAUUAAAGGGUUUUCUGAACUUGAAUUAAUUUCCAAAGCAGGUGUUUCUACUUGUUUUUCUAAUGGAUUUGCUUUAUUACUGACCAUGUCUUCUUCCCCCGCUUUCCAAGCAAACUGUGCCGGCAGCGGUAGAUGAAAGAAAAUAUUUUGCAUAUCUCUAUGCCUCCAAACUAAAACCGCACAAUUAACAGUUGGUUGUAGUAUUGUGCUGUACACGCAUGAUAACUCACUACUGUCUGAAACUUGCUAAUUCACGCGAUAGGGUGCAUGUUAUUAAUGUGCAGUAAGAAUGAACGCAAUUUGAGAGGAAAACUGUUUUCUGAUAAUCACGUAGUGUUAUAACCUCCAUUUUCAUCCGAAUUAAAAAGAAAAAUUAAAGGCCAACAAAAGAAAUAACAACUCAAAUCCUCCCUUCCGCUCCACUGGGUCUCUAAGCUCCAUCUCCUGUAAACUUCCCUCUGCCUUUCAUUAAUAGAAAAAGCCUUGUCAUCAAUUUUAUUUGUCCCUUGGAUUGAUAAAUCGGAUUCCAAACAUAGCAGCAGUUAUGCGUUUUCCGAAUAUUUAGGGUAGAAAAAGCCGCUUCUUUCGUUUCUAAAAGGUUGUUGUGGCUUGGGCUUGGCCUCGGGUAGGCAGUGCCACAAGUCAGGGCACUGCAAUCCAUACCAGUGGCUAUUCUUCGUGGCAGCACUGUUGACAUAAAUCGUUUUAGCACUCUGUGAACAGUGGCGAGUGAAGUAAAUACCUCUUUAUUGGUUUUGCAAAAUCACGAUUACAUUUGUGUUUAAUUUAGUUCUAAGCUAUAUCUUAGAAUACUUGACAAAGAACCUUAUUGUGGAAGAUAAAGAUCCUCCUUUCAGCAUGGCUGAUAACGUUUUGUGCGUCGGUAAAAGAUAUACAUCACAAACGUGAGGUUUAAACCAGUAUUGCUGAGUAGAAAAAGUAUCUGCGAACGCAUUUUAUGUAAGGAACACAAUAGUUCCGUUCAAAAAAAUGAAAUAAUGCGUGAAAGCAUUAAAAGCUUUAAAGCCAAAAGGCGUUGUGUAUUUACAAUAAACUGUUUUUAACAGUUUGCAUUGAUCAGAAUGUCGAGAACAUCUCUAGUUUAAAAGAACAACAUUCCAACUGGUCUUUUUUCAUACCAGAUCACUUGUGUAUAUCUAUACACCGUCGUUUUUAUACAGUUUUUCUAUCUUAAGUAAAUUGUUUUUUUCUUGGCCGUGGAUAGGUAAGCAGGUGAAAAACGUUAUUUACAUAGUGUUACAUGCAAUAGUUGUAAAACUAACUGAUAAAUUUGUGACUCCCAAAACGAAGAAAUAAUUAAGUUUAAUUAAAUACGAUACCGCCUAAAACGGCCGAAGUAUUAGUGUAAUAGUAAAAAUGUUAAAAUCGAAAAUCUAAACUGAAAACUAUUCUUCUUACGAUGUCUUUAUUCUAAACAACAGGCGUCNGUUUUUUUCUUGGCCGUGGAUAGGUAAGCAGGUGAAAAACGUUAUUUACAUAGUGUUACAUGCAAUAGUUGUAAAACUAACUGAUAAAUUUGUGACUCCCAAAACGAAGAAAUAAUUAAGUUUAAUUAAAUACGAUACCGCCUAAAACGGCCGAAGUAUUAGUGUAAUAGUAAAAAUGUUAAAAUCGAAAAUCUAAACUGAAAACUAUUCUUCUUACGAUGUCUUUAUUCUAAACAACAGGCGUCGAUCUAAAAAUAAAUGAAGUCUAUUUGAAAGUGAUAGAGGUUUCUGGAAUACCAUAUUAUGAAUCCAGUUUGAAGUCUGCAGGCUUACUCAUAGAGUAAGCCGGAUUUCUCACUAGGAAUCAUCCUGUAGUCAUCCUUGUAUUUUACUUUAGCCUGUUUUUCAUACUAAAUCUUCAGCCAACUGUUUAUAUGAAUCCUUGUGCAUUGUGUGUAUCAAUUGAAAGUUCGUUUUCCAUAAUUUAAGAGACUGACGCAGGGAGCUGAGAGAUGUCUAAUUCCCGGCUUUUUUGUUUCCAGUUAGUACAAAAACAUCAAUUGUUCUUGACGAGCUGAGCGUAAAAAUCGAUGUAUUUCUUGCCGUUAUUUGAACUUAUUGGGAUAUUGAAUUGUCAACCCCUGAGGCAAGGGGUAGCUUUUUGCGGAAGAUUCAGGCAGUGUACGUGGAUCCCGGUGACUUUUAUGAAUCCUUGUGCAUUGUGUGUCUACUAUAGAAAGUUUGUUUUCCAUAAUUUAACAGACUAACGCAGGCGGCUGAGAUAUGUCUAAUUCUCGGCUUUUUGUUUCUAGUUAGUACAACAACAUUUGUUGUUGACGAGCUGAGCGUAAAAUUGAUGGGGAGCAUUAUUUGAACUUAUUGAAAUAUUAAGUUGUCAAGCCCUGAGGCAGGGGGUAGCUUUUUGGCGAAACAUUCAGACAGUGUGAUCCCGGUGACUUACUUUAAAUCACGAAGGCCUGGAGGAGAUUUGAAACAAUCUUUCUUUGUAUUUGUACUCCGCAGGGCCACAGGACCAAAUCGAACGCACCUUUAGUCUUUUUUUCUUGUCAUUUUAUGUAGAGGGAACACCCCUUUCGUUUUUUAGGCUUCAAAUUUUCGAAGACUUCUGGAAUUAUUUAUGGCUACUAAUUGUAAUGUUAAGAAUUCCUUUCUUCUUUGACCCUAUCUUGUUUAUAUGCCAAGGUAGUGAAUAUAUACUUAAAGAACUAGUUUUUCAGUGUGGUCAGUUAGGAGAAGGAUUGGCCUGUCUUAAGAGAUUUUAAAGAAUGAAGAAAAAAAUCGAAGAGCUGUCUCAAAACCUUUUGCGAAGUCGUUUUUGUCACUUAUGGAAGUGUCGGCUUGCUUCCUUUGACGUCACCUUCUCAAACUCAUUAAUAAUUCAUUAAGAAAAUACAAAGGAAAUUAAUGUUUAAUGAGUGUUUGGAAAUCGGAUGAAACACUGCUUAGUAUUUGCAUCCUUAAUUUCUCCUUCAAAAAUGAUUUUGUUUGAGAAGAAAUAUCAAACAUUCGACACAGUGUUUCAUCACCAGAUGAAACACCUCGAAGUUCGUCAAAAAUACUCCGCUGCGCGUCGUAUUUUCAACUCUCUUCUCGGUGUUUCAUCUGGUGAUGAAACACUGCAUCUCAUGUUUGAUAUAUUACUUCAAACCUUUCGUUUUUGAUCACGUACGUAAACGGACCAAGUGAAAGUGCUUAUUUACGCUAAACUUUGAUCAUAUGAUAUUUCAUUUAACGCAAAUGUCUCAAAAUUUGUAUCACCGUCACUGUUUAGAAUCUUUCAGGCUUCAGAGAUAUCGAAAAAGAUUGUCGAGUGAAGAGUCUUCUCAAAAUCUUCUGCGAAUUUGUCUGAAAUAAGACACAAUUGAUACGAUGAAGGUUUUGGCUUGCACUCCAAUUCGUCGGAGGCUGCGCUUUUCGUAACUGUAGCGAUGGGUCCUUCAAUCAAGUCAUAUGACUUGUCUAAAUCCUCCAGCAUUUUUGCUGUUACCCUGUCAUUUCUGAAUAAAGACACCAUUUUCUUCCAUUUUUCUUCAUCUUCGUUCAAAUUCAGCUUGCGCGGUUUGUUUUCCAUAUACUCACGACUGACUACAAAAGAUAAAAUUGCAGGCCUCGCUGAUAAACUUUUUGCCCACUUCCAAGCAUGGUCUAUUCUGUUCGUUAAAUAAAAUCCUUUUCCACAGGAAAAAUCACGUCUUUGUCGACCGGCAUAUAAAUAAAUUCCCCGAAGUAAAAUUUGGCGCGCACUUUCAUGGUCUGUGCCAUGGUGCAGGACGAUGUUUUGAUCGUCUUGUGGCAACGAUUCACUGAGUUUAGCCUGAGCGUUGCUACAGGCAUUGGAUUGCUUUGUCGAGAGGUUUAUAAUCCUGACGCGGUCAAAGUUUAUAUUACUCUCUCUUUCUUCGUCAGGUAUACUUGUUAAAUUAAACCAGGUAUUCGUUAGACUGCAUUUAAAAGGAAACGUGGGAGUCAGGGGAGACAGCAGAGGAUUGUAUUUGAAUUCGUCCUCAACAAACAACUGUGCCCAUUCGCACGCUUCAAUGUGCUGUUCCAUGGAUCCUUGAAAUUCCGAGCGAGCCAUGAUAGUCUCGAUGGCUGCGCUUAAAGGAUCGAAACCGAUAGAUUGAAGCAUUUCUUUACCGAGAGAGUUUUCGUUUGCUUUGACUGCGUUGUCUUUCAGAGAUAUUUUGAUCCAGUCAGCAAUUGUUCGAUGGUGACGAUGUUCUGGUGGCAUCUCGUCAAAACCGUCGAGGAAGUCGAGUUUUAAUCCAAGCAAAGCACAAAGUUGCGCUGUGUCGCUUUUAAGGAGAUGGUAAUCCUCUUCCGUCAUCUUAAACUGUGCCUUUUCUUUCUCUUUCCGAACUUUGGUCAAGACUUCUUGUUCAUCACUGUCUUCGUAAAAACCUACCUUUUGAAUUAAGUCUUUACGUUUUUUAAUGACUUCUUGGGCGUUGUGAAUUGCGUUUUCGAGAUCCUGAAAAUUAGCAUGUUUCUCCCUAUCAUUCUCUCUUGUCAGGUCUAUUCGGCGUAGCAUUACUUUGAAUACGAAUGAACGUUGUUCGAGGCUCCUUGUGAUAUAAAAGCGCCCCAGAUCGUGGAGAAACCCAAUUUCUUCGUCAUUCAUUAUUGUAAGACCUAUAAGUUCGUGAGGGGUCAUCUUCACACCAAUCUUAGUUUCUUCUCGAGCUUCAAAGUGGUGGCUGGACUCUUUUUCAGCUAUUUCAACUUUGUUCUGGAAGUCUUCCACAACGUAAUCAUCUUUCAAAAGGAUGCUUUCCGAAAAAAGUACGUUGAACCUACCAGACUCGUGUGGCGAGUACUUGAAUAGCAACUGGGAAAGAAUAUCGGUGGAUAGAGGACUGCAAAGUGAACUAGUUGCCAUGUCAAAUAUAUAAAUUCAAAAAAGUGUCAAGAUCUGUAGUCGUCGUCUUCAGAAUAUCUGCUGAAUCAACACGUUUUCUGUGUUAGUUUCCACUCAAUUUAAUGCGCUCUGUGAAUGUCUUACGUGGCGUCUCUUAUAGCAGGUGUUAACAAGUAAGUAUAUACCGAAAAUUCUGCCAAUCAUAAAUCUCGGGAAUCACAAGCAAAAUACAAUAUGACAUCAUGUCCCCGAGGCUUUCUGUCAUUUUUCCAUAUUUGGUUUUGUUUUGUUUGUGCUUGAGUCUCUUCUAAGAAUUGCACGUCAAUGAAGAAUUUGCAAUUUUGUCCGUAAAGCCUCGGAGUCAUGUUAGAAUUUUGAUUUUUUUGUUUUUGCGGCUGAGCUCUCUCACGCCUGAUUGGGUUUCCCCCGGCGCUUAAAACACAAUAACUAGCCUUAGUAUAUAACAUUGAUUUUCUGUUUUGAGGUCUCCGCUUUAGUGUCACAUCAUGUAGAGAACAAUUCUCAAAACUACACCGGAACCAUUGCACAGGGCUCUAAAAAUUAAAACUUAAAUUCCAGCAUGCCCUGUCACAAUUUGCCUGCCCGGGGUUAUUUCUUACCCGUCUAAGUGAGUGAUUUAGUUAGAGGAUUACUUGCCUGCACCCUUGCCUAUAGGACAAGUAAUGUUAAAAGUCACCUGCCGAGCAAGAAAAUUUCGAGUUCUGAUUGCAUCCAAUAGGAUGUAAAUAUUGUGCUGAUGCUAGCACUUUUUUCUAAAAAUCUGAUCGAGUCAAAUAUGUAUCUAUUGCCAUUUUGCUAUGGAAACAGGGUAAUUAUUGGCACUUUAGCCAAUGAGAAUCAUUUCGCCUCUAGAAUCAAAUUUAGGGAGUAAGGAGAAAAUUUCAGAUCGUCAGAAAUGUGUCGUAGUAGUUAGUGAGACUAACUAGCUGACUUUUGCGUAAAAGAGAAACUAUCUGGCAGUCGAAUUGCUAGCCUGUGCUGUGAGUUCGAAAGCCUCAAGGUAUGGUUUUUAUUUGGUUCAGUUACUGAGAACUUACUGCGGGUGGGAAAUUUAUGACUCUUGUAGCUGAAGACGUGAUAGACUGGCAUAUAUUCUUACUUGAAGCCUAACGAAGCAUNGGGAGUAAGGAGAAAAUUUCAGAUCGUCAGAAAUGUGUCGUAGUAGUUAGUGAGACUAACUAGCUGACUUUUGCGUAAAAGAGAAACUAUCUGGCAGUCGAAUUGCUAGCCUGUGCUGUGAGUUCGAAAGCCUCAAGGUAUGGUUUUUAUUUGGUUCAGUUACUGAGAACUUACUGCGGGUGGGAAAUUUAUGACUCUUGUAGCUGAAGACGUGAUAGACUGGCAUAUAUUCUUACUUGAAGCCUAACGAAGCAUGCUGUCAAAAUCUCCCAAUUUCUAUGGAAAUUAUUAAAAUUAUGUAGAAAAAUUUGAGGGAUUGGAGGUCAGGAUUACACAAAGUUGCGUAUAUAUCGUGUGAAGUAGUAAUGGCUGAUUUGACUUUAAGCUUGGAGAACGAAUCGUGGCUUAUUUGGCCAAGGAAAGGAUAUGCAGAUCAAGCAACAGUAGAGAGACCGCUGGCAACUCUGUUAUGGUUAGCUUGUUUUGGGAUCGAGAACUUGCUGUUUUUUGCACUACGCCGCCAUCUUUGGUCGUUCCUGUGUUCUGUUAGCUCCACUGCUUUUGCAUUUUUAAAGUGUGAACUUUUUCCUUACAACAAGGAGAAAUUUAAUGUUUGGUUUUUUCCACCUUCUCUUAAGAAUAAAAGAGGGAAAUUGAAUGUAAUUAACGUUAAUAGUGAAGGCGAGAAAUAUAAAUGUUACAAAUCGCAACAUGGCGUCAGCAAUUUUCCUAUGUCACUGUCAAAUGACGACUACGAAGUUUUCUUUCAUGGAACAACGCACGAAAGCGCCAAAAACAUCAUAGAAAACAAUAUCAUCCUGAGAAGCGGAGAUGCUUCCAAUAGAGCCGAUUUUAGUCGUGGCUGUGGUUUUUAUCUUGGGAAAGACUUUGAAAAUAUACUACGAGCAAAGUGGAGGAGUCACAGACCCCGUUGUUCCGCUGUACUCGUAUUUCGAGUGCCAAGGGCUGAAUUGCGGGGAGGUGGAAUAAAUGGACUGGAUCUGCAAGGUGACCUGACAGAGUGGCAAAGGAUAAUCAAGCAGUUCCGUGCCCCUGAAAGGCCUUCUCGAAAAUUUCUUGACGAAUUGGAGCCGUACGACUUUAUUGAAGGACCUUUAUUUGGCGAGGGACAAAGCUUAAAAAAUCCGAUUCCAAACAGAGGUUCGUAUCAGCUUUGUGUCACAAGCUUGGAUUGUGCUAAAUUGUUUGAUCAAAGUCUUCAUUCGGUAUUGUUCCUUGAGCCUUAAAGCUAAAUUUUCAGAUGUCACUUUCUGCAUAAGUACUCAUUGUACAAUGAAUAUGUAGAAUGAAAGGUUUUAAGGAAGUGUGGUUCCCGUACUUAUUAAAAGGACAGAAAUGAACUACAAUAGUCGUGUAUUUUAGCCCUUGGUCUUAGUGAGCGAGUGUCCGUUUUUGUUGUGUAAGUUGAAUAAAGAGUAUAAGAAAGAUGUGAUUAAUUUUGUUAAUUUCAGUUCUGUGACUCCGACUUUUCUGCAAUUGUUGUGCAAACUUCUCUGGAACCUUUUCCUUAAGGAAUCUGAAAUUAACAUUUCUCAGAACGAGAGAGCAAACUUAAGGUUGUAGUCUUAUUUAAACGAAUUUCGCCAUAUUCUGCAAAAAAUGAGGCUUACACGAUUUCACAACUGGAAAAACGUAGCUUUGUAUUUUCUCUGAUUAUGUUCGCUUGUAAGCCAAAGGGGUUAAUGAAAAAAAGUUAUUUCCUUCGCUUAUUAUGUCGAGAUGCUCUUUCAAGGACCCCUUGAGCCGGGCCCUUGGAUUCGUGUUUGUAAUCGACAAACCGUUAGCCCUGCGUUAUACAUUUGUAUCGACGACAGCAAAGUUGAUAGAUGGGUGUCCUGACGUUGUUUCUGUCAUGAAUUAUAUAUAUAUUCUUUAAUGGAAAUUUUCAUUUGUAUGUUGGAGGAUCAUGGCCUGUUUCUCUAUAAUCGUCUUUGUCUGACUUGUCAAGACUAUUCUGCAGAGCAUAACUUUGACAUUCGAUGGCUCAGUGCUUUCUUUGCAGUCUUAAACAGCUGCCUUUUUUUUUCGUGAGCGACAUCAUGUGAACAUUUCUAUUGCCGUAAUAACUUAAAACGAGUACAACGCUUAAAUAGACAUAUCAAAAAUCGUGAACAGUUUGCCAAGUCAGUUUUAAAAUUUUCCCGAAUUUGCACUGACUUCCCCGGGGCUCGACCCAUUGUUUUUGUUUCGUAAGACAAUUUCAAGUAAAUAGUUGUUAGCGAGGUCAGUAUUUCUUCAUGGCUAUCAAAUAAGUGAACUGGGACUCUAUCUAAAUCACACUUCAUUGCAGACAUCGGAAGAGGUUUUAUUCUUUUCAUUCGAUUUUCAGGUUUCUUUCGUUAACUUGUGCUCAUAAAACAAUGCAAACCAACUUAAAAAGGAAUCGUAUUUUUAAACGGUGAUGAAGUAUGUGGUAUGCUUGAUCGAAUUUUCUAGAAAUCUGACAUUUGACCAUAUUCAUGUUAUCGUUAGUCACUCUGAGAAAGUGUUUUUGAGGCGAGGAUUGGUGGUUGGGGGAGCGGGUGUGUAGGUACAGUAUCAGUAGAAAUAUUUGCAUGUGACUAGGUUAACCCGUUCGAACCUCGAGUGCAAGCUAGUUAGUUUAUACCGUGUAAUAACAUUUUAUAAACGAAUAAGAUGAAUGGAAUGGUUUACCCAAUCAUAUUAGAGAAUCAAACAGUACUGCAACUUUUAAAAGAAAUGUUUUAAGCUUUAUUAAGGAUAACUAGAACAUUUAGAUCUCUAUUUGCAUAUAUUUUUGUUAUAUUUUAAUUAGUGGGGGCAUCCCUAGUAUGGCGCAUUGGCGCUUUUGGUUGUCUCCUUCUCCACACCUUUUUUUUUUUUUUCUUAUAGUAGUGUUAGCUUAUUUCAUUUCAUUAUUUGGUUGUAAUGUAGUGGAGUGAAUCUGUAAUAAAUAAAUAAAUAAAUAAAUAAAAGAAUGAAAAAAAAGUAUAAUAAACUUACUCAAUUUAUGUAGCCUUGAACCAAAAAUUGUAGUAUUGAGCCAAGAGCCAUUAUGGCUCUUGAUUGAACUUAGCGCAGCAGUUGUGCGAAUUUGGCAGUUUUGUUUUUCCAUUUUCAGUGAUAUUGCAAGGGCACAAUUCCUGCUCAAGGAGUCAUUUCUGAUUUCUCUCUGGAAUUUCUCAGGUUUCAAUUUUUUUCGACUGACACGGUUUUGCAAUAACAAUACCGACUUUCUUUGAACACGAAAUAGAAAGAUGCAAAUUGUAACUGCAGUCAAAGUAGUCCCUUCUUUCUAGCAAACGCAUAAGGCCAUGUUCACACUAUAACGAAUAGCUUUUGCGCUGGCGCGGAUAUCAUACCGGAUAGGGCUGGCCUCUGUUCACACAUAAGAGCGGUGAUUUUUACGCGAUUUCUACGGAGCGAAUAUGCGCCGCGUCAAUCUCGAAGGCCACAUAUUAGAUAGGUGUUCACACCAUACCGGAUAGCGUUUUGUGUUAGCACAAGAAGCUAUUCGCUAUAGUGUAAACAUAGCCUAAAGAUAUCCCAAUGAUCUUUCACACAAGUUUUAAAAAAUGAUUGAAAACUACUUUGAGAUGAAAUUGCACUUCAAAAGCGCGGUAACGACUGAGCAUCAAGAUCGUCCAGUUCUUACCUCAUUUCUUAGCAUAACUGCAGUCAAAGUAGUCCGCCCUUCUUUCUAGCAAUCGGAUAAGGCCAUGUUCACACUAUAACGGAUAGCUUUUGCGCCGGCGCGGAAAUCAUACUGGAUAGGGCUUCUGUUCACACAUAAGAACCGUGAUUUUGACGCGAUUUCUACGGAGCGAAUCUGCGCCGCGCCAAUCUCGAAAGCCACAUAUUAGAUAGGUGUUCACACUAUACCGGAUAGCGUUUUGUGUUAGCACAAGAAGCUAUUCGUUAUAGUGUGAACAUUGCCUAGAGAUAUCCUCAUGAUCUUUGACACAAGAAAAAAUGAUUGAAAACUACUAUGAGAUGAAAUUGCAUUUCAAAAGCGCGGUAACGGCUGAACAUCAAGAUCGUCCAGUUCUUACCUUAUUUUUUAACAUAAAAAUUUCAUUCAAAAAAAUCUCGAAAGCGCUCACACAGAUUUUGCUCAAACGGCUCCUCACGUAAUUUCCAACCUCAUCCAAUAACUUUUUCUCAUUAUGUUUGGUAAUAACUACUAAUAGUUUACUUGUUCCAAUGUGGUCAACAUGGUUUCUUUCCUUACAUAUUCCACCAGAACUCAUCACUCGAUGGCCACACCCUCGAACUCAAGAUGUCGCACAGGAAAUCCUCGUAAGUAGAGCCAUACCUAAGAAAUUUUUUUACUUAAAUCCAUGUUUCGUUCUUGUUGUGGCUUUAAGUAUGGUGUAGCAUCUGUCAAAAGAGCCCGUCUCACGUGCGUUCAUUAACCCCGUCGUUUACUACCAAGCAAUUGCGAAAGGACUCCUUAAAGCACCAGCCCUACACUAAAGAUUUAGUAAUUGUUGACUGGACCGACAGUCCUCUUACAGUCCUCUUAACAAUCCUCUUAUGGCAUGAGUAUUGUAGGUCACUAUAUCCAAACCAGCGCGUCCCCCAACUCAAGUUAAUCAGGAACUAGCAGAGAAGAUUGUAGGCAUCAUACCUGGGUAGCUCCGUUGGUAGAGCAUUCAGUCUUACUCUCAGGGAUGUGGGUUCGAGUUCCAUGAUUGGAGCAGCAGAAACUUUUUCCUUGUUUUUAUUUGACAACUUUACUAGACCAUGUUAAAAAUGUGUUGAAAUACUAACCAUUUUGCAUAUUUCAUUUCAUUUUCAGCGAUAAAGUAUCACAACGUAAGUCAGCUACAGCAACGAAACAAAACAGUUCUAAAAUAUUGGUACGAAAUGUACCUUUCGAAGCAACAAGAAAAGAACUCAAAGAACUGUUUGGGUGAGUAUUUAGUGUUGAGGUUGAAAAUACAAUGGCUUCCAACGAAAAAAAGUAUCUAAAAAUGUGGAACGAAAUUUACCUUUAGAACGAAAAAAAAAAAACAUAAAAGAAUGUGUUGGGGUGUUUUUUGGGUUUGAGGUAGAAAAAAAAAGGGCUUCCACGGUUUGAAAAAGCUUAUAAAGGGGGAACGCCAAAAGGAAGCGCCCACCGGGGGCGGUUGGGUUGGGGGGGGGGGGGAUCGAACACCAGCCACUGCACAAAACGGACACCCACAUACAAAGGUAUCGAAUUAACUGUAAACCUCAGAAGAGAAACGAAGGAGGUCGUUCGGAGAUCGCCAAAGCAAUCAUAAGCAGCAACAACAACAGCAGCAACACUCGCUCGGAGUGAGCGUUGAAAGAUACUGUUGUUCUUCGGGGAAAAAAAAAGAACUGCAGUGAAUCAUGCUUAUGAGGAUACAUGUAAAGAAAUCCGAAACUCAAACUUUGCUGAGAACUGUUAACGUCCAUCGUUUAGCCUAAUAAAGCUCUUUAUUUCAACGCCAGACGUCAACAGUUACCUGUGGCGUUUCGUUUUAUGCAACUGGCCUCAGAGUGCACAAUGCUUAUCAUGUCUCUUCUCUCCCCCUGUUACCAGAAGAUACCAUUUUGGUCGAGGUUCCGAUACCCACUUCGCAACAAAUCAACAAGUGGUAGUAUCCCGAUUGGUAUGUGUCGUUUAAGAGGAUGUGGUUUUCAGGGUAUACAAUUUUCACUAUAUAGCGACAUGAACAGCGUGUCUUUUGGAUCGAAAGCCUUCAAAAGAGUGUUGCAGUCCACAUGCUUGGUACCAGCAAUGUAAUUAAGAGAACUAAUUCCAUGACGUUAGUUUAACAAAUUACUUAACUCUGUGAGCCAAACGAAGUGCAUCAAGGUGAUGAAAUUAGGUCUCUUGUCUUUAUCAGGGUAGCAGGAUUUUGGCCUUAGCGUCAGAGCCAGCUCUACUCAAACUUCCCUUGAGUGCCUCCUUGGGGUACUAUAUACUUGCUUUGAAAAUCUCCUCGCAUUGCAGUUUUAAAAGUAGGGCCAAAGACAGACAAUAAACAAAAAAUUCUAUUCUUUUUGUUAUUUCCUUCACAGCACUUUCGGAGAAAUCAAAACAAUUCGGCUUCCUCAAAAGCUGUCGGGAUCUGGAACACAUAGAGGAUUCGCAUUUGUCGACUUUCUCACUAAACAAGACGCAAAAGUAAGGAGCCUGCAUUUUGUUACUAUACAGUAAAGUCGUAUUCUAUUCCAUGACGUUAAACGUAUAUACUUUUAGUGCUAAUUACAAUACUUUUUAAACUUAUCUAAGAAGUAUUUACAAAACUACCUAAAAGCUGGUUCCUUAAGAGGCGUUUAAAAUUGUGAACAGGUUGACUUAAUUUAAGAGAAGGUUCCAAAUUGUUCCAAAGCUUAAUAGUCCCGUAAUAAUAAGUUCUCUGUCCAGAGACUUUUCAGAAAAGAGGGAUGUUCAGCUUUUGGCUACUCCAAGUUGUUCGUUUGCUAACUUGCUCACGGGUAAUAAAUUGGGAAGUAAGAUAUUUCAGGGGCUUGGUUGCGGUCAUGCAUUUGAAGGCCUUCAGCUUUGUGGUAAUAGUUGGUCCUUUACAGGCAACCAAGGCUUCCGAAGAGGGGUGUUACACGAUCAUAUUUUUUUCACACUGCUGACGAUUCGGCAAGCAAAGUUUUGAACAGCCUGCAAUUUCCUGACGUUCUUAUAUUUGAUAUUUGCCCAAACAUUCGAGCAGGCGCUCCUCUCAAUAUUCUAGUAACUCUUCUUUACGAAAGUGUUAUCAAACAAGUAGACUUCGAGUUAAUAAACUCACUGACAGCAUCUAGCCUGUCCACAGAUGUUUUGUUCUUUCUUUUUUUGGUGGAAUUUGGCGAGCGCGCGAAAGCAAACACGAAGCUUCUUCUUCUUUCAGGCUUUUAAAAAGGAAUUGCGAUGUCCACGUGUUAUUUACUAUUUCAAGCCACUCACACUCCCCAUUCCUAAGACUGAACUUUCGGGGCAUUAUCCACGGAUAAAAAGAUCUAACGUGCAAUCUAUAAAUACAUUGUUAUAAAUUUAGAAAUUGAGACAAAACUGGAAAAAGAAUUGUCGUCUUCUAUUCUGGACAUGGAACCCUUGACAAGGGACCCUCAACGAAAAGUUAGACUCGCAAUCGAUGUAUUCUACUUUAUGAAAAUUAUGGAAAGCGACGACAAGCGCCUCGAAGCAAUGAGAAACACUUCGGACCGCAUUUCGCGUGCCCGAAUAAUUCAGUGUCAUUUGGCCGAUGGAGAAAGCAAAUUUCAGUCCACAGACCGUCGUCUUUUCGCAUUUACCCACCCCUACUCCUCGCGCUAGCGGCCAAUAAUACCCAGUGGUUCGUAAUUUCUCACUCGCGCUCGACAAUCUGUAAAGAGAGAACAGAGGUCUGUGAACAGGCUAUCAACAAAUGGACGUGUUUCAUUGUAGAUAAAAUCCUUUCUGUUAUAUUAGAGCACAGAUGAAUUGAAUUUUUAAAACAGGUUGGAAGGCGUUUAGUGUGGUCAGUUGUCGUGCACUUUUUGCCGUGACUGUCUCUUCCUUCAAAUGUUGUUUACUAAAAACCAUUUGUUUUGGUUUCGCAGAAUAAACCAAAAGCAAUUCCCCACUCCAGAAAUUGUAAGGGGGAAUGGAUACAAGCUUUCGGCGACGCGAUUUCUGUUAUCUUUUGGUUGGACAAGCGCUAGUUAUGAUUGGUGGAUGGUAUUCAAGUCAACCAUUAACCAAUUAUAAGUAACGCUUGUCCACCCAAACGAUCCCAGAGAUCGUUGCGCCGAAAACUUGUGUUCAUUCCCCUUAUAGUUUCUAGAGUGGGGAAUUACAAUGUCAUUUAAGGGCCCUCUGACCUAUAUCUUGGGGCUGUUGCUAGGGAAAAUUCUGGCCGUAUAUUUUGCACUCCUUUUCCAUACAUUAGUCAUUUUAUAGCACAGUACCAGAAACUCAUAAGGGGUUGAAACGUGUAACUCUCAUAUGUUUGCUUUGUCCGAUGCUCGUGAUUAUUCGUUUUCAAAAGUACCAUAUUUGG